UGGAACAACUAGAGUCACUUCGAACUCACUUGGAAAUAAACUUUUUACGAUACACACGUUGAAGAGUAUUCCAAAUGGUUGAAUUAGACAUAAAGCCGUUUCUUUAAUAAUUCUACUGUUAAGUUCGUACGCAUCGAACGAGUUUGAGUUUUUCAAGAUAUUGCACCGGCAAACUCACUCUUCAGCGAAAUUACUUUCACGAUUUUUUAUACCUUCUCCAUUCUUUUCAAAAUCAAUGAGUCUCAAUUAUCUCUAACUUUAUUAUCCGAAUUUAUAAUAAAGUUAUCAUAUGAACAUCGUUUCGCUGAUAUGAUACAAUGAACACAAUGAAGAUACAUUUGUGGUAAGCGGGCCUUACACCCUCGCACACACCCUCAUACAGGGGUAUUUAUUUCAAAGGGUAUAUGACGGAGAGUUUGGAAAUGAAGACAAGAUUAAGUUUUGAUAAUGAGGAAUAAUGGUUGAAAAAAUAAAGUGAUGGCUCGAUUGAAAAUAUUCUGCAGCUCACCAGCUGCACGACUGAUAUAAUAAGUAUUCACUGACUCACUCACUAUAAAUUAACCAACAAAAUUCAUAUCUAAGAAUGGUGGGGUAGUGUUUACACAAAAAAACAGAAAAAAAAUGAACUCGUUUUAUUUUCAAAGGUAAAUGUAUAUUUUUAUUAUAUCAAUUUCAGAUGAACUAUUGGUUGAAAUUACUACUCCUGUCGACCUUUCUAGGAUUUGUGAAAGCGCAACAUUUCAUAAAGUUGGUUGUUCUUGCUGGUCUGGGUCUUGCCGGUUUGUGGAUGGUACAUACUCUUGCACAAGAUUUCAAUGUGAUUCAAAAUAAUAGCAAUAACAACGAUGGAGAAAGAGGUUUGUUCAAGAGAUCGAUUCCUGAUAAAGAUAAGGUUAUUGAUUGGGAAAUGGUCCUUUCGAGAGAUCCAGCAAGCUGCGCUAGGAGCUUCCUGUGUCAACUCGUAGCUACAAAGGAACAGCUUUUAUCAAAUGAAGAAAAACUGAUGCUAAAUUUGGUCAGGCAUUCAUCAAAAGGAGACACCUGGGCCAGUAAACAACUCCAGGAGGCUCUGAAAAAUGGAGAGAAAAUCACGAGGCCUUCUCAAUGUAUGAAAAUUUAUAAAUAUUGUCCUUUCACGAGUCAGAUGAUGAUGACACUGUUAAGAAUGUUUGGAAGAUGAAUUAUUUACAGCUUCCUCAAGUAAUUAAUGAUUUUAGAAUGAUUUGUACAUAAUUUUCCUUUAUAUUUAUAGUACCAAUUAUUUUAAGUUUUUCUUAUUCAGUUUCUUAUCCACUCGUUAAGAAAAUAUAUACUUUGGAAUUA